AGUUCCUUCUUUCCGGUUAUAAUCACAUCUUAAUUAUGUCAAUUUCUUUGAAAGUUUUACCUAAAAACAAUAUUAGCGGGGCUUCGAACUUUAAGCGAUAUAAUAAUGUAGUAGUCGUAUGUACCAAAAAAUAUUCACAUCAACAUAUCUCUCUCCAAUCAAAGGUUGAUUUCUUACUAGACCGUGUCAAAUGGGACGACAAAGGUUUGGCGGUUGCAAUAGCCCAAAAUGUUGAUACAGGAGCGGUUUUAAUGCAAGGGUUUGCAAACAGAGAGGCUCUGUCAACAACCAUCUCAUCACGUAAAGCAACAUUUUAUAGCCGGUCACGGUCAUCUUUAUGGACAAAGGGAGAGACCUCCAAUAAUUUUAUCAAUGUUUUUGAUGUCUUUCUUGAUUGUGAUCGUGAUUCUAUAAUAUAUCUUGGGAAGCCUGAUGGCCCAACAUGCCAUACGGGGGCAGAGACAUGUUAUUACACACCAGUUGAUGAACUCCUGAAAAAUCCAGGGGUUGAGAAAAAUGAGCUGGCUUUGACGACUUUAUACGCAUUAGAAUCUACAAUCAACCAAAGGAAGGCAGAAACAUCUAGUUCUUCAAAUGGAAAACCCUCAUGGACAAAGCGAUUGUUGCUUGAUGACAAGUUGCUUUGCUCCAAAAUUAGAGAGGAGGCUGACGAGUUAUGCCGAACUCUGGAGCAAAACGAGGAUGAAGGACGGACCGCCUCAGAGAUGGCAGAUGUCUUGUAUCAUGCCAUGGUUUUGCUUUCUCUUAGAGGAGUAAAAAUCGAGGAAGUUAUGCAGGUCCUGAGACAAAGGUUUUCAAAGUCAGGAAUUGAAGAAAAGAACAGUCGGAAAUCCUAGGACAAAUGGGCACACAGCUGUUGAAGGCCUAAUUACAGUCGACAUAAGCUCUUAUGUUUUCUGCAAAAGAGAGUGGAAUACUCCAGCUCUAAUAUUGUUAAGUGAAAGUUUAUUGUGUGAUGAUUAUGAUUAAAAGGGGGAGAUCUUUGAAGUCUCCAUGUCAAUAUAGACUAGACCUUAUUGAUGUACUUUUGCUAAAACUAUGGGAGCAUAUAUGAACAACAUUCUAGUCGUCAGUACAGACAGGAAUUGGGAUCAUCCAUUGUUAAUUUCUCUUUCUUUUUCACCCUUCUCUUGAGUGUGUGUUAAUCUCUCAUGAUAAUAAAAGAUUUGAUUCUCAUCA